AAUCGCCCCGCCUGUGGGCCAUCCAUUGCCCCAUGGCGGAUGACGCAUGGCAAGGGACGGGGCAGCGGCGCAGGUGGUUGCCGCAGUUGCGGCCAGCCCCAGCUGGGGCCGCGCGGCCGCUGCUUUGCGAGAGGCGCAGGUUGGCUGCCUGGAGCCAGACGCGGCGGCCUUCAACGCCCUGGCCACUCGGGCGCGCACCUGGCAGCUGGCGUUCCAUCACUUCGCCUGGGCCCGGCUCGCGGGCCUGCGCCUCAGCCGCCGGUCUUUGCGCUCCGCCUGCGCCUCCGGCGCUGGAUGGCGACACACGCUGGAGCUUUUACGCCUCAACGGGCCGCUGCUCAGCAUGGCGGCAGUCAGCUCGGCCGCGCAUGCGGCCAAGGCGAGAUGGAUUCAUGCGGUGCACCUUUGGGGCUUCAUGCGCAUGGCCCGGUUGGAGCCCAGCGUGGUGACAUGUAAUACUCUGGCCAACGCAGUCUCGACGUCGUGGCAGCUGUGUCUCGAGGUGUUGCGCCUGUCAAAGGACGCUCGCUUGGGUCCAGACCUGGCCACCUACAGCUGCGGCAUCUCCGCCUGUCGCUGGGCCCGAGGCCUUCACCUGGCCUCUGCUGCCGCGAGGCAAAGUCUCCAAGCCAACGCCUACAUCUAUGGAUCUUUGUUGGACUCCUGCGCUCUCGAUGCUCAGUGGGAGCUUGCCAUCGGUCUUGUGCGCAGGCAGUCCAAUCCAACGGAGGCAAACAGCGCACUGAGCGCAUUGGAGAAGGGCGCCCGCUGGCAGCGGACUUUGGCACUUCUGAAGGUGCUGGCGCACUGGUCCGUGGAAAUCGACUGCAUUGCCUGCAACGUCGCCAUCAUGUCCUGCCGGCAGAUGAGGAAAUGGAGAGAGGCAUUCAGCUUCCUGUACGCACCAAGUUCCGAAGCUGCCUUCGGCCGAACUUUGCGUGCUGCGAUUCACAGGACCGCUUUGGAAAACUUGGUUUCCAUUUACGGAGGCCUUCUGGAAGCUUCCAUCUCAGUCUGAGGGAGUGUACAAGCAUAGUGAGGCUGUCUUUAUGAAGAUGCCCAGAAGUGGCUACGGAUUUUCAC